AUGGCGGAGUUUGCGCUUGGGUUGACCAAGACGGCGGUAGCGGGGACGGUGAGCAAGGUGAAGUCGGCGAUCGAGGAGGAGGAAAAACUAAGGGCGGAUGUGGAGGAGGACCUGAAGUUCAUCACCGGGGAAUUCGAGAUGAUGCAGUCCUUUCUGAACUCUGCCCACACGGGGGAGCAUGCAUCCAAGAACCAGGUGGCGCGGACGUGGGUGAGGCAGCUCCGCGACCUGGCCUUCGAGGCUGAGGACUGCGUCGAGUUUGUGGUCCACCUCGACAAGGCGUCACGCUGGGACUGGGUGCAGCGCCUAAUCUCACCCCUGAUGUGCAGGGCAAGGCCACCGCUUCCCCUGGAUGAAGCGGUCGCGGAGAUAAAGCGGCUCAAGACAAGGGUAGAGUACGUAAGCCAGAGGUACACCCGCUACAACUUCGUGGGUACCAAUGGUGGCGGCGACGGCGACUCCUUGGGUCAGCAGCAUCAACUGCUUAUGCACCCCACGGCUCAUAGUACGGCGGCAACAGCGGCGGCCUUCCAUGACUUAAGGGAGGUGUGGAAAUCCAUGGGAAAGAUUGGUGAGCACAUCACGGAUGAUCUAAAAAGGUUGAUUGAUUGCCAAGGCAGCGAGCUCCAAGUGAUCUCUCUUUGGGGAAGUCCACAAGCUGAUGUUGUUGGGGAACAUGGGUGCAUGAGUAUUAUGAAGAAGGCGUAUGAUGACCCAGAGAUCUGCCAAGAAUUCAAGAAUCGUGCCUGGGUAAAGUUGAGUGUGCAUCAUCCUUUCAACCCGGUAGAGUUUCUGCACAACUUGCUGACUCAGUUUACUGCAUCUCACCAUCACCACCACCAUGAGGAUAUGUCCGAGCUCAUGCUCCAACUCAGCAAGCACAGGUAUCUCAUAUUCCUAGAGGAAGAGUUAUCCAGUGUCGCAGACUGGGAUGCCAUCAGAAAGUGCCUUCCGGAUGGCAAAAGGGGGAGCCGGAUUGUUGUCUCCACCAAGCACUUGAAAAUUGCACUUGUCUGCACGGGGGACCCCUACCAAGUUUCCCAGCUUAUACACUUGUCUCAUGACCGAGGUCUUUAUGCUUUUUUCCCAAAGGGCUGUGGGCAUCGCCAUGGCAUGGGCGAAUUCAUUUGGCAAUUAAGACGCCAGGGUGGAGUUAUUGCAUUGUUAGAACAGGAUUUGGAUUUGGGUGACAGAAGCAAGUUCAUGAGUCAACUGACCAACGACACCCUGAAUAAGUUGAGCGUACUCAAUGGAGUGAAAUUUGAAUACAGCUACCGGAAUAUCCGUACACAUGGAUUCGCUGGCCAGCAAAAUAUGAUGGUUGUUACCAUGGCCACAGAUAUACUUGUGCAGUCUUAUCCAAAAGAUGACCAAAACAAUGCAUUUGAACAGCUAAUGGGGAUGAAACAUGAGGAUGUAACAGAAAAGUGUCGCAAGUUUCUGACUGAAAAUGAUUACCUCCUCUUUAUUGAUGAGAUGGAGUCCCACGAAGAAUGGGACUUGAUAAACCGACAACUCUUAUGUGAGUCUACUAGAGCUUGUAUCAUUGUUCUUACAAAAGAUAACAGUGUGGCCACAUAUUGUGUAGAUCAUAAAGAAUAUCUGCUGCUCAACCUUAGAGAUCUGAUGAUCAAGGGUUGUGACCAUUGUGGAUAUUCAGAUGGAGGAGACAACAUAAAGAAAGAGGGUGAAUCUGAACUUGAUUUUGUUGGGCGUAGCGACGAGAAGGACUUUUUUUACGGCCGCACUCCUGAUGUGAAGUUGCUGUCUGUGUGGGGGAUUGCUGGUGUUGGGAAAUCAGCUAUCGUCUGGGAGAGUUUCCACGGCGAAGUGAUAACAGGCGGAUACUACAAAAUGCACAGCUGGGUGGAUGUGCCCCAUCCUUUCAACUUGACGGACUUAUGUCGGAGAUUGCUUCUGGAUUUUUCUCGGGAUAAUCUUGAGGCCCAAGAAACUGCAUUAAUUAGUAUGAUGGAAGGAAAAGACCCUAUUCCGGGUUGUUGUAAAAUUCUUCGUCAAAACGAUUGUCUGCUUGUCAUUGAUGGUCUGAGGUCGAAGCAUGACUGGGACUUGUUGAAAGCAGCCUUGUUUUCCCAGCCUGUUAUUGGUAGAACUAUUGUCAUUACACGUGAAGAAAGCGUCGCCACAUAUUGUACUAAUAAUAAAAAAGAUGAUAUUCUCAAUGUGAAAGGUCUAAAAGAUGAUGUGGCCCUUAAUCUCUUCAAAAAGAUUAAUCCGGGAGCUGAGGAACUGUGUCAAUCUUUCCCUGAGGAAGUUCAACCGAUUUUAAAGCAUAUCAUGUCCAAAUGUGGCGGGCUUCCAGAAGUAAUAGUUGCUGCAGGAAAAAUUGCUGGCCCAUACUCAGAGAGAAUUAGUUCCUUGGAGUUUUGCAAUGCUGAAUUGAUGGAAAUGUUGGAGAAGUCGUUAAGUUUUCCUAGUUUAAAGGGUCUUUUUUGUUGGAUGCAAUCCUAUUUUGAUGCCUGCUCAGAUGAACUCAAGCCAUGUAUCUUCUAUAUGUCAGUAUUCCCUGUGGACCAAAGCAUUAGACGGAGGCGUUUGCUCAGGCGGUGGAUUGCAGAGGGAUACUCCUCCGGUGGUGGUGGUACUGCAGAGGAGAAGGGAGAAAAGCUCUUCUCCGAACUCAUGAAGUUGAGCAUAUUAUACCCGGAUCAGCGGACAUCAUCAACGGCAAGAAGCUGGAUGGUCAAUGGUUUCUUCUGUGAAUACAUCAAGUCAAGGCCAAUGGAAGAUAAUCUUGUGUUUGCACUAGAGGGGAGUUGCAGCCCCAGCUCACGACUCACUGGACAACACCUCACCAUAAGCAGCUGUUGGGACAGGGAUGAGAUUGUCUUCAAGAGCAUGGACUUGUCACGACUACGGUCUUUGACAGUGUUUGGGAAGUGGGUGCCAUUCCUAGUCUCGGACAAGAUGAAGGUGCUUCGAGUGCUUGAUCUGGAGGGCACAAGUAGUACUUCAGAUGGUACUGCAAGUGUAACUGAUGAUGUUCUGGAGAAGAUCGUGAAGCAGUUUCCUCGCCUCAAGUUCAUGUCCCUGCGUGGAUGCAUGGAAGUCACUCGUCUCCCCGAUUCAUUGGGUGACAUGGGUCAGCUGGAGACUUUGGAUGCCAGGCACACCUCCAUAGUGGAGCUGCCACCUGCUGUCAUCACCAAGCUACACAAGCUGCAGUACAUUCGUGCUGGCACCACCGAAGCAAGACGACUACAGGUAGCGGCGGCAGCAGCAGCAACAACGCCUCCACCAACAACACAAGAAGACGUUCAUAGUGGCACAAGCCCCUUCCAACGGGCAUCAACUAGAAUUAUUGGAGCAUGGAACAGGACGGCACAUGCUUUGGUGGAAUCCAGCAGCAGCUGCAGCUGGUGGGAGUCCAAGAAGCAGCGCAGGCGCCGGGUUCGUGUUGCUGCAAAUGGCGACGGUAUUGAGGUUGUUUGUGCUGCCGCAGAGGGGAUUGGGAAGCUGACAGAGUUGCAUACACUCGGUGUUGUGAAUAUUGCAGGCGGGAAAGGUGGCCUCCUCCUCCUCAAGGAGCUCGGGAAUCUCACCCAGCUGCGCAAGCUCGGGUUAUCAGGCAUCAGCAGUAUAAACUGGAAGGAGUUGUGCAAUGCCAUCUCGGGUCACCUCCCUCAUCUCGAGUCCUUGUCACUGCAACUGCUGCUGGUGGAGGAGGACGAAAGCUAUAAGUUUGCUUGUUUCUUUGACAUCUCCAUGCCACCCAAGACCCUGAAGAGCCUUAAGGUGUUGUACACUACUGCUGUAUGUGCAGGCGCAUUUGGUGCAUGCAUCAAGCCAGCCUGGAUCAGUCAGCUUCCCAAUCUCAAAAAGUUGAACCAUGAGUCUACAGUGUCAAAUCAAGAGGAUAUAGAUUUGAUGUUGAGCAAUGGAUUUCCAGCUGGACUGCUAGAAAAGCGUCUUCGUAUCAAGCCGAUUCAACAGCGUCUCAGUUUCGCAAAGCAGACGCCUGGGGUAGUAUUCCUCGCCGAACUCAUGAUUGACUGCGGCAGCAGGAGAUCAAUGGUGACUUUUGGAGAAUCGCCCAACUUUUCUGUUCAAGUGGUCAGCAUCCACUGCUGCAACUCUUGUGAUGGAUGGUCGUGUUUGCAGAUUGUUGGGCUGCAGAAUAUAGGUGCGCUCAAACAAGUCUUGGUAACAGGCCCAUGCAGCGAAGAAUUCAAGGAAGACUUGCGCAGGCAACUUGUGGAGCGUGAAGACAAGCCUGAGCUGAAGCUGUUGCCUCAUAAUGGUGAUCAAUAG